UAAAAUAAUGGUAACAUAAGAUUGCUGAUGGCUCCUUUGUAUAUCCUCCUACUAAGCCUUAUAAAUACAUACGCUAGGGUUAGGGUUAGACAUCAACCCACUUAAAGGUAUCUUUUUUUCUUUCUAUAUAGCUUAAUUCUCACAAAGUUUUGGCUUUCUUUUCUGGGUUUUGAUGAAAAAACUGAUCUUGAAAAUCCCCACCAUCAGUUUCCUUCAAUAAUCAGCUCAAGAAUUAGGGUUUUUCCAGAUGAUGAAGAAGCGUCAAGUGGUGGUUAAAAGAGAUGCAUCCGGGAGAACUUCUAGUACUUCUUCUUCAAUGGUCAGAUGCGUCCGAUACGGCGAGUGCCAAAAGAAUCACGCGGCAAAUAUCGGAGGAUACGCCGUGGAUGGCUGCAGAGAAUUCAUGGCGAGUGGUGAAGAAGGAACAAGCGCGCUCACAUGCGCCGCUUGCGGUUGCCACAGGAAUUUCCACAGAAGGGAAGUGGAAACUGAGGUAGUUUGUGAGUAUACUCCACCCAAUUCUAGUUAAAAAAAAAAAAAAAAA